AUGGAAUCUGCGCUGUCGCUCUCCACUGUACAUCUGCACCUGAACACAAACAGGUACGAUGACAGCAGUGGUUGCAACAGCUGGGGCAGCCACCCGGAUGAUCCCAACGCCCCGCCAGUCAAUCACACGUUCCCAGUUUAUGGCCGACUGAACAGCGCCCUGCUGGGUGUAUCGCUAGGCUUCCUCUCCCUCCUCACUAUCAUAAUGAACAUGCUUGUUCUUUACGCCGUGAAAAGAGAGAAGAGCUUGCACACAGUCGGUAAUCUGUACGUCAUAAGCCUCUCGGUGGCCGAUCUCAUCGUCGGCACCAGUGUGAUGCCACUCAACCUGGUGUAUCUGCUGGAGGACGAAUGGAAGUUGGGCAGGGCUGUCUGUCAAUUUUGGCUGAUUAUGGAUUAUGUGGCGAGUACAGCAUCAAUUUUUAGCUUGUUUAUCCUCUGUUUGGAUAGGUACCGCUCUGUCAGACACCCGCUGAAGUAUCUGAAGUAUCGAACGAGAGGGAAAGCAAGCAUAAUGAUAUCCGCAGCCUGGCUGCUGUCAAUGUUGUGGAUUUUCCCCAUUUUAGGAUGGAGGUCCUUCACCCAUGUAGAACUUAAACCCGAAGAAGAGAAAAAGUGUGACACAGAUUUCCGCUUUGUCACAUGGUUUAAAGUUAUUACCGCUGUCUUCAAUUUUUAUGUACCCUCUGUUUUGAUGCUAUGGUUUUACACACACAUCUACUUAGCAGUAAGGCAACAUCUGCGAGACAGAGAGAGGAUCAUUCAUCCAACAGAUUCAUUUGAGGAAAAGAACAAUCAGGAAAAUGAUAGGUCAUCAAAUGACUCCAAAUCUGCCGAAAAGGAAUGUGAGGUUCCAGUUAAACUUUUAAAAAGGCAGCUUGACCAGAAACUUCUAGAGCAGACUUAUUCUCUUGAGGAAUUUGAUAAAACUAAAAGUUCUCUUUCUAGAUCACACCGAAAAAUUGGUGCACAGUGUCCGGAACAAGGUUUGCUUGACAUGAAAACAAAGGAAUACAGAGUGACUAUAAAACCAGGAAGCAAUUCCUUAUCCCCUGAAGAGAAGAGCCCAGAUACUGCAAUUCCACUAAGUUCAGCUUCCUUUCAACCAGAAAAUGUUGGUUCAGAAGGAAACCAACAAUCAUCUUUAAAAGAAUGUCACAUCACAGUGCCAAACACGGUAAGAGGUGCUUGCAAUAUCAGCCAGGUGGAGAGGUACACAUCUGUGCUUUGCAACAACGACGACCCUAGCCGGUCUGUGCCCUGGUCCAAGGUGGCCGAUGACGCCGAGCUGGACCCGGCGAACGAGGGGACUCUGAGGCAGACGUGGCAAAGGUUCAUCGAACACUCCCGUGAGAGACUCCACAGCCUGAGGAUUCACAAGGAGCACAAGGCGGCCAGGCAAUUGGGCUUCAUCAUUGCAGCUUUCAUGCUAUGUUGGAUACCGUACUUUAUAGCCUUCAUGGUCAUGGCGUUCUGUAGAGAUUGCGUGCACCAUGACCUGCACAUGUUCACCAUAUGGCUGGGUUACAUCAACUCCACCCUCAACCCUUUUAUAUACCCGUUGUGCAAUAGGAAUUUUAAACGAGUCUUCAAAAAUAUUCUGCACAUAAAUUUGUGA